AUGAAUAAGCACAAACGAAAAGUUGGAGGUUAUGUUCAUCCGCGUUGUCAGCAGAAUGAAGAAUUACGUUGCGUAAACAGUUGUCCUCCCGAAAAAACAUGCAAAAAUCGUGAUAUUCAAUUCUCCUGUUUGGCAGUUUACGAACCUUGUCAGUUUAAGUGCGUUUGUAAAGAAGGAUAUUUCAGAAACUCUUUGGGGACUUGCAUAACUAAAGCUCAAUGUGAUCAAUGUUCUGGCAAGAAUGAAUUUUUCGCUUGCGACUCAGCUUGCGACAAUGAAUGCUCCAGUUUGCACAAACAAAACAGGACGAACUGCCCAAUAAAGAAUAUAAUUUGUAAUCAACGUUGCUAUUGUGAAAAUGGCUACGCUAGAGAUCAGAAAGGACAUUGUAUACCAGUGGAAAAAUGCCCUCCUGCAAAAACGUGUAAGGGCCCGAAUGAAGAAUACACAGAUUGCAAGAGAACCUGUCCGCCUGAAACUUGUUUGUCUCUGGUUGCAAAGUUUAAAUGUGAUUCUAAUGAAAUAUGCAAACCUGGAUGUGCCUGCAAGUCCGGUUUUCUGAGAAAGAAUGCCGAUUCGCAUUGUGUGCCCAUCUGCGAAUGUAAUGAAAUGAAAAACUCACCUGAUUGUUGUAAAAAUAAUUAG